UACAUCCAUUCGAAUCGCGUGACUGCUUCUUUUUUCUUCUUGCUGCUUAGAAAGCCAAAACAUCGUUCUAUACUUGAAUAGAGACGGCCAUUUGCCUUCGAUAUUCGUCUCCCGGUAACGAAUCUCAGUACAAGCGCAGCAUGUUAAAGGCAAGUCACCUGCCUGUGCGGAUUCUACGUUGUAUGAUAACAGUCGAGCAAACGGUAUGUUUUGUGUAUGAAAGAAGUGUCAAUAUUAUCACCCUGGAUACGUCUUGCAGGGAUUCUUUUGCGGCGUUAAAGAGAGCUCUUGAUCAAACAAACACGUCAGUCGUAGUGAAACCACAUUUCUACAUUUGAAGCUUUCAAGAUUUGGCGAUCAAAUGAACAAGUCUUGAUCGAGUUAAGACUCUCCGUCGACAAAAAAAUUAUAUCUGUUCAAUCUCAUUUCUCGAAAAGAACUGGCCUUGCAGGUGUAUUUGACACUCUGUUGCAGUCUCGUUAUACACCAACUACACUUUAUUGACUCUGAGACGCCGAAGUGAUACUAUGAAAAUGGAUUCCAUCUGAAGUUUUGCAUUGCCUCAGACUUGUAUCAAACCGAUGUAUAUCAAAGUAUUCAAAGGGCGAUAGAUGGUACCUAUUUAUCUGCAAUAUGACCCAAGACAAUAUCGACGAAGUUGAUCUCGAAAAAUACUUAGACGAAAAUCCUGAGUUUGCAAAAAAAUACUUUGUUCAAAAUGCACGGUCAAGCUGGGUGGACGAGUGGCUAGGGAGACGAUCUCAUCGCCCAUCAAUCCAGCCAGUGACAAAUCUACAAAAACUUUCAACUUCUUCUGCGGAUAGCAUUCUACGACCCUUACGAAAUGUUUAUCCCUUAUCUAAAUCACCUACAAACCGAUCGAAUCUUGUUCGAUUGUACGGAUCAGGUGGGACUGACUCGGAUUCAGAAACUGAAGAGGUAGUGGAUGGCCAUUAUCAACAGGAUAGUGGAGAAUCCAAAAAUGAGCAUGAAGGAACUGAGUCGCUAAGCGAGAAAGAUCUUUUUAUGCAGUUGAUACGAGAUAUUGCCAACGAACUCGAUAUCAACAAACUCUCACACAAGAUUCUUGUUAAUGUUAGCCUGCUCACAAAUGGAGACAGGUGCUCGUUAUUUCUCGUUAAAGGAGAAUCGAGCAAAAGGUAUCUAGUGUCAAGAUUGUUCGAUGUCACCUCGACUUCGACGCUGGAGGAGUCUUUGCGACCCGAAGGAAAAGAAAUAAUUAUACCAAUCGGAGUUGGAAUUGCGGGAACAACAGCACUGACUGGCGAAUGCAUCAAUAUCAAAGAGGCUUAUGAGGACCCAAGAUUCAAUAGAAAAAUUGACAAACAAACUGGUUAUACAACUCACAGCAUUCUUUGUAUGCCAAUAAAAAGUCCAGAUGGAAUGGUUAUUGGCAUAGCGCAGAUUAUAAACAAACGAAGUGGUGGUCACCAGUUUACCGAGAAAGAUGAGGAGGUAUUUCGUGAUUACUUGACAUUUUGUGGCAUUGGAAUUACUAAUGCACAACUUUUUGAAUUAUCAGUAGAGGAAUUCAAACGAAAUCAGGCCCUCGUCACCUUGGCAAAAAAUAUUUUUGAAACAACAGAGGUUGUGACGGAUGUGGUCAAAAGAAUCAUGACACAAGCACUGGAACUUCUCAACUGUGAGCGCUGUACUGUCUAUCUCGUGGAUACCGAGGCUGCUGAAAACGAGGGUAUUGUCUUUGGUCAAAUAUUCAAUCUCAGUUCAACUGAAGGGAGCGAAACUAAAGUUGAAAGCUUGAACAGCGUGUAUCAAGGCUUAGCUAUGCAUGUGGUGAACUCUCGAGAGGCGAUGAACAUCACAGAUAUGGAAUCAACAGCUGGAGAAUUCAAGAUAGACCUCGACAAUGAAACAUGUUCUUCAAAAAACAUCAGAUCAAUGCUAUGCACUCCGAUUUUCAAUAAGGAAAACAAAGUGAUUGGUGUGGCUCAGUUGAUGAAUAAACAAAAUGGACACCCAUUUACCGACAAUGAUGAUGGCUUAUUUCAGGCAUUUGCUAUUUUUUGUGGACUGGGCAUCUUUAACACCCAGAUGUAUGAAAAAGUAUUUCAUCUGCUAACUAAACAGAGUCUAGCAAUAGAGCUGUUGUCAUAUCAUGCAAGCGCUCCACUGGAAGAGACCAAACGGAUCCAGGCCAUGGAAGUUCCAGCGAGAGACAGAUUAGCGUUGACAUCAUUUUCUCUUGAUGACCUAAAUUUGACCGACGAUGAGACGUGCCUCGCAGCCAUAAGAAUGUUUAUGGAUCUUGAAAUUAUUUCCAAGUUCAAGAUACCUUACAAAGUAGUAUGUAGAUGGGUUUUAACAGUAAAAAGAAAUUAUCGGCCAGUAAUAUAUCAUAACUGGAGGCACGCUUUCAACGUAGCGCAGACAAUGUAUGCAAUUUUUACGAGUGGCAAGAUGGGGAGCUGGUUUUCUGACUUAGAAAUCUUGGUGCUUCUGGUUGCUUGUUUUUGCCAUGACCUUGAUCAUCGUGGGACAAACAACAGUUUCCAAACAAAAGCUGACUCACCAAUUGCACGGUUGUACUCUACGUCCACUAUGGAGCAUCACCAUUUUGACCAAUCAGUUAUGAUUUUAAACAGUGAGGGAAAUAACCUGUUUGGGUCUCUUGAUCGAGAACAAUACAAGGAGGCUAUGGCUGUUCUUGAGCAUGCAAUACUAUCUACAGACCUCGCUCUUUACUUCAAACAACGAGAUGAUUUCAAACGACGGAUAGAAUCAAAUGAAAUAGACUGGAGAGAUACGAGCAACGGAAAAAUUUUAAGGGCGAUGCUGAUGACUGCAUGUGAUUUGUCCGCAAUUACGAAGCCUUGGAAUGUGCAAGUACGGGUUGCAGAGAUGGUUGCCAGUGAAUUCUUUGAACAAGGAGACAUGGAAAGAUCACAGUUAAAAUUAGAACCUGUUCCUAUGAUGAACAGAGAAAAGAAGGAUGAGCUACCCAAGAUGCAAGUUGGCUUCAUAAAUUAUGUUUGCAUGCCCCUUUACGAGCUCCUUCCAAAAGUGAAUCAAAACCUCCAGCCUUUGCUUGAUGGAAUCGUUGGUAACAAAAGCAAGUGGCAAAGUCUUGCUGACAAUAAUGUUGAAGAAGAAAUUAGCGUAGAGGAAGAAAAAGAUAGCCUCAAGAGCACUGCUGAUGACACCAAAGAUGACACAAAUUCAAAGGUGAAUUAUCCCAAUCUACAACAACAAAAGGAGAGCGAGGAGAAGAUUCCUGAAAACAGAAUUUUAAAAAAGAAUAAUGGUUCAGCAUUUUGCAUACUGACAUAGAGUAGUGUAAAAACUAAAUACAUAUAAUGAGAAUGCAUUUGGGUAACUAACAGGGAUUCAUUCAAUUAUUCUACCUGGAUUUUCACCUGUAAUCUGAUAUUUGAAAAACUUCAAUCAAAUGAAUGAUCCAAUCAUAUAGUCAAAUGAAAUAUUAUAGUGAAUACAAUUUACAUUCAAAUUCUCUGUAAUAUAUUAAGACUACAUAAAGCCCGCUUUCAAAUAUUUGCUAUAUAUAUGAUUUUGUAAAUCUUUUUGCACAGCCUUUAUUGGUAAAUCUUUAAUGGUAAAUUUUUAUUUAACAUAGUAAGAUUGUACAUUGGUUGUAAAUAAUAUUAAUUCCUACAGUAUUGUGUCUGCAUUAGGCUAUAAUCUUUUAUCUAGUGUAUAAAAGAGCUAGCCAUGGGCAAGACAGAAAUUACGCAAAUUAUAUGCCCAAAGUGCAAUCCAGAAAACAUUUUGUGCUUUCUUCAAAUUGCUAUUCUGCUAUCAGCAAUACUGUAACAAAAGGACAUGUUGAACACAUUUUCUAGUGUUGCAUGACACACCUUAUAAUCGAAAACAUAUUUUAAGUAUGUUCAAAAAAAUUUUUAGAGUAGCAAAUAAACAAUAUGGACAAUUAGAGCAACAUCCUUUAGAAGCAGCAACAUUAUGAAAACAAAAACAGAAAUCCUUUAAGAAACAACAAUUUUAAAAACAACUAAUCCUUCAACUUUUAAGCUACUAAAGUCCUAAAACAGAUCUUGAAAAGGGUUAGGUCUUCCAGAUGUACCCAGUAUACUGCAGAUUUCUGAAUAUCUUCUUAUAAGUUUUUUUUAUAAAUUAUAUGCAAAGACUUAAUAAACAUUUAUAAAUGCAAAAGAUGCAUGAGGAUUAGUUAGAAAAUUUCAAAUGAGAUGACUUCAUCUGGUUUGCCUGUUGAAAAACAUUGCUUGUUUUAUGAGCUUCAGGCCCCAGCAUUAAAUCAGAUUAUGAAAACAUAAAGUUGGGUUACAUUUUGACAACAGAAUAAUACAAUUAUUUUCAAAUUAUUAUAACAAAUUAUUUCCAAUGUAUUUACAAUACAAAUAUGUUGCCAGCUAUUCAUAAUAACAUUUUUGCAGCAAAAGCAGAAAAUAAAAAGCUUGGUGUGUCAAAAAGUUCCGUGGCUAAUAUCUUGGCAUGCAGCUCCAGUUUGCAUUCCAAAAACCUCCGAUUAGAGUUACACAGCAGACAGCCACACACAAGUUUUGCUAUACCAAAUGUUUUGACAGAGAGCUGUUUUCGAUGGAAUCCUGCUUGGGAAUUUUCAGCAUUAUUGACAAACAUUACCUGGGUGUCUGUUGGGCUGGCAGUGUAUACUUUAUUACUGUACAAAGCACAGCCAUCAUUGCAGGAACAUUCAGGGGAGGGAGAACAAGGAAUACAAUCUGGAUUCACCAAGAUUACCUAUCUGCCAGUGGCAAACUGGCCUAUGAUUCAACUAUUCAAGCUUUUGGGAUGUUGUCAAUUUUUUGCUGCAAAAUGCCUUCUCAUGGUCAAGAAGCCAUUUUUUCGUUUCAGUGCCAUUUAAUCCGCUGUAAUGUCCAAUUUUUGCAUUUGACUUUAUCACCCUGUGACAUGGAACAACAAUAGGAAAUGGAUUUCGUCUCAUGGCAAGUCCAACAGACCUGCCAGCUUUUGAGUUUCCUGCCAUGGCAGCAAGCUUACCAUAUGUUACGGUUUGCCCUGGCUGAGUUCUGGCACGCAAUAUCUGCCAAACCUUGACAAGGAACUGCCUACUCUGAUGAGGGCUGACGUCUAACCUCGGUACUUCUACAUCAUCGAUUUUACUUGGAUCACUGAAAUAUUGGUGAAGCCAUCUCAUGCAUACGGCGAUAUGCCUGUUUACAGGAUUGGUGCUUGGAUUUGUUACUUCAUCUAUCUGCAGCAACGAUCCGGACUCAUACACAUGUUCUUCUUUUACAAUUUCCCCUGCAAACUCAAUCUUUGUAACUCCAAACUUACUAGCAUAAACAGCUAAGUUUCCAAGCUUUGAAUUAUAAUAUGCUCGCUCUUGAUUGAGCUUUUUUCCAUUAUCAUCAUCUGGCGGCAUCUUUUCCCUUCUUAUUUUCACAAUGUUACUCAUAAACUAUAACGGACAGCACCUGGUUUCACGUAGUUACUGGCUGCAGGUGCGAGCCCCUUUUUGCAGA